CAAGAAUGUGCCAUGAGUAGUUUUGUUGCCAUUCGUAGUUCCACUCCCUUAGUAGCACGAACCGCACAACUACACCCCCAACUCUAUACCACAAAAACCAUCUUUAUUCGGAACCUCUUCCCCUUAGAGCGUUUAGAUUAGUGCUGAAAACGCAAGAAGUCAGAAGUCUAAGAACAAAGAAAUAGAAACAUGAUCUACAGCACCCAAAAAGAACCUCGCGUAGAGGACACAUUGCUUUCGUGUUCCUUCCUCGUGUGAAAGUAGGCGGCUUCUAACCUUGUUUUGUUUUUCAACAUCGACUACGUACUUCGAGUGAGUGACUGAGAGAGGAACCGAUUUGAAAAAUGAGGCUCGUGCGAUUCAAAAAUUGAGUGAGAAAAUUCGCCGUGGGACCUGUAGCGAUAGCGUGAACUUCUAGCGUUUGAAAAAUCUUAAUCUGAAGUACAAAAACUGCUAAACUACAUCUUCGUCGAUCUCGAAAGCAAACAAAAAACUUUUUUCAGUCUGAUGGUGGUAGCGAUAAUUGGCAUCGGAUCGUGAUUUUCGGACGACAACGCAUUGACUGAAAAAGGAAUCAAAAAUUUCUUAUCCUGAUGUCACCACCGAUGUCUCCAGAACGGAGUAUCUACUGCUAGAGUUCUUUUUGAUCUAAUCGAGCCAUUGAAAUAGAAGAAACAUGCUCUCCUGAAGCGACCGCGCCAAUCGCAAAUUUUGCGUCGAAGCACCAUAGCUCCAUGCUAGAGGACAUUGAUUCAUCCGUCCCGGCCGGAUUUAACUUUAUCUAGCUCAAGAAAACAAUCACAGCAAGAGGGGGUGGGCGGCGGUGGAGCUGGAGGUCUUCGAGUCCUUGAACUCGAAGGCAUUUGCAGUAAAACAGUGAAAGAACAACGCAGAGGAGAAAUCAGUAUCAGUGCAGGGCUGAGGACUUCGGCCAUCAGCGGCCAACUGGCCUUCGUAGGAGUUACGUCGUUUUUCUCAGCGUCGUGUUACCAGAACCCGCAGCACAAGAUCCUGGUCCUGGAAUGAGCAACGACGAAACGAGCGAGAACAAUACAACAUCUCCAAGCUGGGCGUCGUGGUUUAGCUGUACUAAAGGGGUCAACAACAACACAACAUCUACAAGUUUAGCGACUACCCGAUCUUCUCAACUCCCCUUAGAUGUACUUGUAGCCGCAAACCGACACCUUGCGCGUCGAACGAGUGAGAACCAGACGCCUCCUUGUUCUUCUCCAUUGCCGCGACCACUACUUCUACUGCUAUUAGAACUUCCAGCACCCAUAUAGACUGCUGGAGGAGACUACGUCUACUACCCCUCCAGUAGUAACUACUUCUACCCCUCUUUUGUAGCAGACCAACCCCACUUCUACCCCUUUUUUGUAGCAGACCGACCCCACUUCUACCUCCGUUGAGGAAGGAACCCCACUUCUACCUCCCCACACUACUUCUCCUGCCCCUUUUUUGCAGUAGACAGAGGAAGGAACCCCACUUCUACCUGAAGAUGGACGCCGUGACGAAGCCGUUCCGGAACUUGUUCCGGUCUGUGAUGCGGGGAGCGCCACUGAAACCCAGCACCGAAGUCCAAGAAGUCCUGAUGCAACUGCAGAUCAUGCCCAAGCACUUGAACAAACUGUAUUUAAGGCUCAACUUUCAUUGAUGUUCAUUAGAGAUUUUUGGUCACCAUUUUCAUUUAGAUUGGUCUGUCACCAUUUUCAUAUUCAUUUAGAAUGGUCUCCGUCUCUCUGUCACCAUUUUCAUUUAGAUUGGUCUGUCACCAUUUUCAUUUAGGUUGGGCUCUCCUGAGAGAACAGCAAGGGAAAAGAAAGGGGAAACAAGUGGAGAGGCGUGGGGCCCUUUUCACUCAGAAUCAGUGACCAAUGACUGCUGACCUUUAAUCUCCGCAGUGUUUUCAUCCUUGAAACAAGCAGAGAAAGACCACAGGACGAUUACAACAGCAAGCGAAGUUGCGACUAGCUCCUUGGCGACCCUAGUACCACAUAGAAGAAAGUGGGUGGAGAAGUGUUUGGAGAGGCUCGUGGAGUUCGGAGGCUGUUUUGAAGUGGUCACCUGGGAUGAAUUCUUGUACAUCUUCCUCAAGUUCAACUCGCUGUCGAAGGUAUUGGCUUUUAAUAUAGUCCUGUGUGGUCUAAUGAAUGUGAAUGACAAUACAACUCCUGUGUGCUGGUCUAAUGAAAAAUGUGAAGAAUGACAAUACAACUCCUGUGUGGUCUAAUGAAUGUGAAUGACAAAAAUGACGUAGAUCUAGGUAGAUUUGUUUUCAAUUAUCCACACGAACCAGGUCGAGCUUUGCCAGACGAUGUUCUACAUUAUUGUGAAGGACGUGAAAUCCUGGACAAUCCAUUACCUCACCUGUACGCAAUUGUCGGAAUACUACUCCGUAUGAUGCCACUCAUUGAGAACCUCAACAAAGAUAGGGAAUAAAGGUGGUCGUCGUUCCACCUAAAUAAGAAGGGAGCUAGAACUAAGUAGAACUACAAGGGGGGACCAGCACGGGGACCCACCACGACAUUCCCCGACUGACGUUCUGAAUGAGUCGUGGAAGCAUUCAUCCUCCUUUUACGACGACUGCCCAGUGGAAUCGUUUUCCACUUCCGAGAUCAAUUUCGCUGCUUUACCGCUGCAUAGAUAUUACAUCGCUGAUUUUGUGGAACUCUGUCAUCGCUAUUCGCAAUUGAUCAAUCCCUUAAUUCAUUAAGGGUAGGUUAAAGGUGCUUUUCUUACCGCUUUUUAUGCCUCUCCUAAGGGAGAAAGGCAUAACAAGCGGGUUAAGCGAGCACCAAAAGCCUACCUCUAAAUUCACUUGCAGAGAAGUUUGCAGAACGCCUUACCCUCCAUCUCCUUCUGGAACGACUAUGACCGAGUGGAGUCGAUGAAUCGGAGGAUAAACUUGGAUUAAGGCUGUAGCUAAUGCAUCUUUGACUGCAUCCUUAAAGAAACGCUGUAUGAGGAAGUAUGUAUUACACUUACAAGGGAAGUAUGGAUUACACCCCCCCCAUACUUUUCAAGGAUGCACUUGAAAGAUCAUGAAUUUCGGACCGUUCUAAUUGGAGUUUUUUCGAGUCAAACGUGCGAACAUUUUUUUGCGUGGGGAUCCGCCUUUCAAGGAGGUUGGCGAUUUAUUGAUCCCAGACACGUUUGGAGGUCAAAGAACCAACCUACAACAAUGGGACAGAAGACUGCCUCAUUACGACGCAAAACAGGGUGUUUGGCCAGAUUUUACCUUGGCUAAAGCGAGAAAAGCAGCAGAAGAUGCGGAGAAGAGUAUUUUAAACAAAUUUUCAUCUUCAAGAAUCACAAUAUUAGACAGAGUUAGAGAUGAAGGAAAAUAACUCUAGUUCAAUCGACUGGUACUACUAACACUGGCUUCAUCUCAUUCGAACAAACUACGUUGAGAUUCAGCUUUUAGGACUUCCCUGUUCAUCACCAUCACCACACUUUCCCUCAAAAUCAUCACAGCCAAGAUGGGUCCCGGUGAAGAGACGGUGGAUCUUGGGCCACUUCCUAUAGAUCACAUGGCCGAUCCCGAGACAGCUAGCAUGAUCAAGCAGCAAUCCGUGCCAAAUCUCGUAGGUUUGCCAUCUUUGAUGAACCCUUCAGCAUCGACAGUGGCGAGGAUGAUGUUAUGGCAAAUAAGGUUGUCAACGUUCUUAAUGUACUAGUGAGGAGUCCAUCAACAUCAUCUUCUUUGAGCAUCUACUACGACUUUCAGCUAUUUACAUUUUCCACCUAGACGUAGACUUCUUCAAAAAGCUAUUUUUACUUGACAAACUACGAUGACUCUCCAAGAGGGCUGUACUUAUUUCUAGUACUUUCAUCUCUAACAAAAGCAGGAGGAGGUAUGUCAGGCGUGCCUGGGAUGGCAGGAGCAGGCGGAAUGGGCGGAGGAGGCAUGGGCGGCGGACCCAUGCUAGAUGCGCAAGGAAGUAAUUUUUGUCUGCUUGGGUUCUCAUUGUUGAACUUCAGACUAAAUGUCGUUGUCGACCACGUUCUUGUAAUACUUAUCCACCAACGACAGAUCCCGCCGGCGCCAUGGGUUUCGUACCAGGCGCACCUCCAUUACCUGUCAACGAAGUCCCAGACAUGCUGAGGUUAGGAGUAAAGCCUACAAAUUACGGCGUAAACGAUGAGAACGUUCCGAAGAUACCCCAGUCAAUCACCAGCGCGCAAAUAAGACACAAUAUUGGGCUGACGUACGCAGGUCAGUAUUCAGAAAGAGUCGGGACGAAUGUCGGCAGUACUAAGAUAUGUCUUUUGUAGUUGUUCACGAUAAUUCUACUUUUAGCACAGGAGACUCAGGGAAGUCGUAGGCCCAAUCCGAAUCGACUAGCAGCGUCAUCAUUUUGAAACAGCACCAAACUCAAAAGAUUCAUCGAUUAUCGCGAUAGAUCCAGAUCCAGAAACGUCUUUAAAAGUAGUCUUUUCUCUUCACCUCGUCCGCCACCACGAUAUCACUCAUGACUACAGAUAUCAGAGACUUGCCUAAGUGGAUGCAACGCUACGUUACAAUCCCCCAAAAGUCGGAAUUUCAAUAAGACUAGGAGAUGAAGAAAGCGGGCUCGACAUAGUGGAAGGUACUUUCGAUGUCUUCACCCAUUUUAAUCGAGCAUCCCUUGCAGAUUUCCCACUAUUGGUAGCAUUUGCACGUAGCAUAUGGCGUUGACACGAAAAAUAUGGCCCCCAUUGGUCUAGGAACCAUUAACUGCUUCAUUAUGAGCAGUGCUUGGGAGCUCUUUAUCGUUGAUCAGGGACGAAGAAAGCGAGACUUGUUGGGGGUCAUUUUUUUCAUUUUCUGUCAACAACGAACUGCUACAUAUGCAAGGCAGGGUGCUGCUCGAAGGUGGACAUCGGAAGUAAUCUUCUAUUCUAGUCUAAGAGUCUCGCUUUCUUCGUCCUAGACCACUAGUCCUUACUCCUAGUCCUUACUAGAGAAAGCAAAGUUGUACCUGAUACGGACAUACCGAAGAAGAUCAUCUACCAUCAGCAUUCUAGUCGUCAACAUACUAGGAGAAUGCAUUCGAGCUACCGUCAUCAAUGGCCCCGAGCGCUCGCUCCUUUCUUUUGAGUGAGCUAACUCCGAUCCUAUCCUAGUACCCUCAAAACAUACAUAGGUAUAGGCGAAGUUCCUCGUUGGAUGACGCAGUAUUUGAAUCUUCCCGCUGGCCGGCGAAGCAAAGUUGAACGCUUUGCAGAGGUCGACUUUAUCCGAUCCAUCAGGCAACAAAAAGAACGUCAAGAUUCCGUAAUGAAUCUGCUAGAGCGUGCGAAUGAAGUGCCGUUGGUACCGAGACCGUAUGAAGAAUUUGCCUUGGAUCCAAACUAUGAGAAGGAUGAAGAUAUGGCGCCAUGA